UGAUUCACAUCGCGAGCUGCGAUAAGGGGUUCCCCAAGUAAGACCGCUGCCGGCGUUUAUUUCAGUCUCCUCGAUUCUAAUAUCUCCAAUGAAUCUAAACAGAAUAUUAGAAUGAAACGAGUCGAGUCGAGUUCCUGUGUAAUGUAGUUUAAUUUCUAGUAACAGUAUCUAUAGGAUUCAUUUCAUUUUCAUGAAAUUGUACACUUGAUUCUAUUAUUCCCAAAAGAAUCGAUGCUCGUUUAUUCAGAUUGAAACUGGAGAUUUCAUAGUAGGUAAUUGCGGUACACGUCAGUGUGGUCGCAUCAAUCAAAAUCGGCGUAUUAACAAAAUAAUAUUUCUAAAAUCCAAUAUGCGUCAAUUUCACGCGUUCCGUAAACCUAGUGUUAACGCAUUGCGUACCGGCUAAUUAUCAGAAAAUUCAAUUGUGCGUAUUUUCAGCGAGAUCCACCUACAUCGCUGUCUAUAAAAAAAACUCGGGUAUCAUAUUAUGUAAUAUAUUUCAAAUGGACAAUUAGUUCUAAUCAAAUUUGAUAUUUCCUUAAAUGCUGUAGUAAUUAUCACAGUUAUACAGCCGAGAGUCUUCGUAUAAAAACGAGAUUUCUCGGUAGCAGUGCGCGACGUGUUAACGCGGUUGAAUCAACACAACGAAGCCUGCAAUACUCGUCUCUUGCAAAUUAACCGAUGAAACGAGAAUCGACGGAGGAGGAAAAAUAGGAGAAACCUCGGAGUGGUUGUUUUUUUCGGGUAGCUUCCCGGGAAGAACGAGCGACCGUGGAAACCGGUUAUGCGAUAAGCGGCCGCGGUCACGACCGUGAAGCAGGGUUCGAGCGGAUUUAGAAUCGCGCGUACGGCUCGCUCGCUGGAAGAAUUUUCCUGGUAACCUUUCCUCUCCAAGCCAUUUUUUCUUUUACUCGAAAGCGGCGCAGAAGUCCACUGAAGAUGGCAGCAGCUAGUGCGCCGGCGUCCGAUCUCCGCGGGGCGGACAAAUAAACGGUUUUCGGAACCGGUUUGUCCGCGUCGCAGGCGGCUCGAAAAAUCACAGGUCAUUUCUGAGCGUGAACAGCAACUGAUUACAUGCUCGAGGACGCGAGCGCCGUUUCCUUCCAUUGCCGUUAUCGGGACCAUCGUAUCCGAUCGGACAGUAUCGCGUCGAGAUCGGCAACAGGAAAAGAGCCGUCCAUUCCUGGCGACGAACGGUGUCGAGAGGACACAACGCGAGGGGAAAAUGACUCGUGUCCUUCUUCCUGCGGUCGUUAUUUUCAUUCUGCAGACAUGCCUCGCGCAGGAUCGGUGCAGAACUCCAGAGGACAGAAGCGGUGUCUGCAUCAACGUACGCUCCUGUCCCCGCGUUCUCGCGCUUCUACAACAAAAACCAUUGAACCCAGACGCCAUUAACUACAUACGAAGUUUUCAAUGCGGCUUGGAGAACAAAGACCCGAAAGUUUGCUGCGAACAGCAGGUCCCUACGACGACCGCAGCGCCUAAUCCGCAGUCCUCGGUGCCUGAUCCGCCGGAUGUUAGCAACCAUCGGAACCUGCGACUGAUAAAUGCCGACAACUGCGGCCCGGCGACCAUACCGAAGAUCAUUGGUGGGAACAAGACUGGCGUGUUCGACUUUCCGUGGAUGGUGUUGCUGGCUUACGACGUCGGCAGGCAAGCUCCACGAUUCGGCUGCGGAGGGACGCUGAUUAACGAACGAUACGUAUUAACCGCUGCCCAUUGUGUGACCAGGCUGAGUAGCAACAGCAGACUGAUCAGCGUACGGGUAGGAGAGCACGAUCUGGGCACGGAACGCGACUGCGACAAGGAUGAGAACGGCCAGGAGAUAGUCUGCGCAGACAGGCACCAGGACUUCGGCCUGGAAAACGUGAUUCCUCAUCCAGGCUACAGCCCCGCGCUAGGGCGAGACGACAUCGCCCUCCUGAGGUUGGACGGGGCCGCCGAUUUCCGGAGGAACAACGUGCGACCGAUUUGCCUGCCGAUCGAGUCCGCCGCUACCUUGAAUCGGAAAAAAGUGGUGGUGACCGGUUGGGGCACGACGGAAACCUCCUUGCCCAGCGAGACCCUGCUGCAAGUGAAAUUAUCGCUAGUCAGCAACGAGCAGUGCGCAGCGGCGUACAGGGCGAUAAAGAUCUGGUACAAACAGAUGUGCGCCGGCGGCAAGAAGGGCAAAGACUCUUGCACCGGGGACAGCGGUGGACCGCUCCAGACUCAGGUACUGUACAAAGAGACCACGAAGUUCGUUCAGUACGGAAUCGUUAGCUUCGGGCACAGCAGGGGCUGCGGCACCGAAGGAGCCGCCGGUGUUUACACCAGUAUCGUGUAUUACAUGGACUGGAUCUUGGACAAUAUCAGACCCAGCUCGCGAGUUAAAAGUCAAGCGACUAGUAGACAGGAUCCGUGCAGAACUCCAGAGAACAGAAACGGUAUUUGCAUCAAUGUACGCACCUGUCCCCGCGUUGUCGCGCUUCUGCAGCAAAGACCGUUGACCCCGGACACCAUCAACUACAUACGGAGUCUGCAAUGCGGCUUCGACAACACGACUCCGAAAGUUUGUUGCGAACAGCAGGACGCCCCGACGCCAGUGACUAAUCCGCCGACCCCGGUGACCGACGCGCCGACCAUUGUACCUGACCCGCCGGAUGUUAGCAACCAUCCGAACUUGCGGAUGAUAAAUGCCGACAACUGCGGCCCGGCGACCAUACCGAAGAUCAUUGGUGGGAACAAGACCGGCGUGUUCGACUUUCCUUGGAUGGCGUUGCUGGCUUACAACACUGGCGGUCCAAAUCCGGCGUUCAAGUGCGCAGGGACGCUGAUAAACAAACGAUACGUGUUAACCGCUGCCCACUGUGUGACCAGGCUGCCUACCAACUUCAAGCUGAUCGGCGUACGGAUAGGAGAGCACGAUUUGGACACGGAGCGCGACUGCGACAAGGACGAGAACGGCCUGGAGUUGGUCUGCGCGGAGAGGUACCAGGACUUCGGUCUGGAGAGCGCGAUUUUCCAUCCAGACUACGUGCCGAAGUCGGCGCGAAACGACAUCGCCCUCUUGAGGUUGAACGGGGACGCCGAUUUCAGGCCAAACAACGUGCGACCGGUUUGCUUGCCGAUCGAGUCCGCCGCUACCUUGAAUCAGAAAAAAGUAGUGGUGACCGGUUGGGGCACGACGGAAACAGCUUUACCUAGUCAGACCCUGCUACAAGUGAAACUGUCGUUAGUUAGCAAUAAGGAAUGCGCGGAGGCUUACAAGGCUAUAACGGAGAUCUGGUAUAAACAGAUCUGCGCCGGCGGCAAGAGGGGCAAAGACUCUUGCACCGGGGACAGCGGUGGACCGCUCCAGACUCAGGUACUGUACAAAGAGACCACGAAGUUCGUUCAGUACGGAAUCGUUAGCUUCGGGCUCAGGGGCUGCGCCAUAGAAGGAGUGCCCGGCGCUUACACCAAUAUCGUGUAUUACAUGGACUGGAUCUUGGACAAUAUUAGACCGUGAGCUAAUGUAUCCGGUGCGCAUCGUUUUUUUAUUUUGAAGCUUAUUAUGCGCUCAACUGACUAGAACCAGCGAGCGCCUCGUUAACACGUUAAGCGCCACGUCAGUCGCUGGUGACUGACGCUUCUGAAUGACUAAAAAACAAUCGUAACACAAGACAACCGAUGUGAAAUAAAAAUGUUUAACAAGGCAACUGAGUUGAUAAUAGUGUAACGCAAACGUUGCAACGCCGAACAAUUCAUAAUUAUUCCUACUUUUCUUUGCUGCGAAAGACAAACUCUAUGGGGAAACGCUUAAGAUUUUCGUGGCGCUUAACGCGUUAAAGCGCUUCAACUACUUCCUCUAUCCAAUCGCCGAUACACGAGAGUUAUACAUAAUUGUAUAUAGCGGUUGCACCGCGGAGUUUUGUAUUUUUUCAGUGGAAAAUUUUAUGAUAAUGUUACAAUAAACUGUCAUUGAAUAAACCUCUGUU